AUGCCGACGACCCCGCAUCAGGACGAUCUCCACAUCCUCAUCCUCGACGAUACAACCGAGCCUCCCUGUGACAAGAUUGUGACCUACUCCAAGUUCGUCAGGCCCGAGGAUCGCAUCAAACUCUUUAUCAUCAGCUCGCUUGGGGCUCUGACUGACGAAGACAAGCAAAACAGUGCCGACUACGUCGAAAUGGAGUCGCCCGAGCGCAAUGCCUGUCUUGAGAUCGAGGCCAUGCGACUCCACCAAAAGCACCGCAUCGACCUGAUCUACACCAAACAGGAGGAGCUCAUCAUCCGUGCCGCAACCUUGCGAAAAAUGUUCAAUCUUCCAAGAGCCAAAGGCUUUGUCAGCCCCGACGAUGCCCUGUUUUUCCGCGACAAGGUCCUGAUGAAAGACAUUGCCCAGAAGGGUGGUUUCCCCGUGCCCAAGUUCCGCCGGCUGCGAUAUCCCCUGGACCUGGUCGAAUUCGCCCAGCAAUGCGGCUAUCCCGUCAUUGUCAAGCCCGCAAUGGGCUGUGCCUCUGCUGGCGUCCAGGUGAUCCGAUCCUGGGACGACCUUGUGUCGUUUCUGUCGUCCAAUUUCUUUCCCACGCGCGAGGACUCUCACGACUGGCGCAUCACCUACGGGACCGACAUGAUCGUCGAGCAGUUCGUCGACGCUGAAAUGUACCACGUCAACGGUUGCCUGAUCGACGGACAGCUCCAAGUGAUGUGGCCAUUCAAGUACAUCUCCACCAACUUUGGCUUCACUCAGGGUGUCGCCUAUGGCAACGUUCUGAUACCAAAGUCGGACGCUCGCUGGACGCAGUUGCGUGAUGCUGCCAUCCGCCUGCUCCAGUGCUUCCCGACCCCACGCAGGCUGAUGUUCCACCUAGAGCUCUUUGGUCGGCCUACGGCCACGGGCGGCCUUGAGUUUCUCCUCUGUGAGAUCGCAGCCAGGCGCCCUGGAGGCAGUAUCGGCCAUCUCAUCGACCUGGCCGAGGGCGGCGGCAUCUGGGGCGAGCUCGAAUUCCGUCUCAGCGUCGGGCUGCCGUUCCGUCACAACCGAAGCGAGCGCUCGUGUUAUGAAAACGACCCAUCCUUCGUCGUUGGCGAUCUGAUUGUUCCGCGCAAGAAGGGCCACCGGUUAAAGUACAUCCCCGAUGCCGGCAGCUGCACCAUCCCAGGGAUCACCUAUCUCCCAAUCGAGAAGGCCGGGAGCGAAUAUCUCUGCUACGACUGCACAACCGUCAACACAUGUGCCCGAAUGGUCGCUGUCUCCAGCGGCGUGCCCUCGAAUACCGACAGCAUCGAGCGCACACUCGACCAAGCCCUGCGAUGGUUCCAGAAACAUGUUGUGCACGAGAAGCUCGGGCCCGAGUCCCCGACGUGCUCCAUGGCUUCCACCGACGAAUCAAGUAGUUGCGAACGCACCCCGUGCAGCGAUCUGUGGAGUGCUUGA